AUGGCCAACAAACCUCGAACGCGGUUGCUCGAAAAGUACGACAUUCUGCUCGACCAUCUGGACUUCGAGUACAUCCGUCGGUGCGAGUGCGGGCGAAAACUGGAAAACAUCGUCCGAGUGUUGCGUUCCGGUGAGGAAGGUUACUUUCCGCAGCUUACCACCUUCGCCGAGGAGCGGCUCCGGGCGGUGCUCCCUGGCAGUCGGGUGCUGCGCAAGGAGCAGCCGCUGGCCACACGCCACACGCUGGCGGAGGAAGAGUGGGAUGCCAUCUCGGCCCAGCUGAACCAGUGGCAGGACGAGAUGAAGUCCCUCGCCGGUGCCAUCCAGACCGGCGGGCCGGGCGAGAAGCCUGACCUUCCGCCGGUACGGCAGGUCCUUACGGGGCCACACGCUGAGCAAUCGGCAGCUGGUCGGUGCGAGAACGGAAAGAAGGAUGCGGAAGGACGUAUCGGGUCGUGUGACUACGGUCGGUGGGACCAGUACGAUCCGGAGGCGGAAAUGUUGAAGAUGGACCUGGACGAAGAGCGACACCGUGAGUUCGUUCGGAUGCAGAACCAGAAAAAUUUGGCUAAACCCAAAAUUGAGGAACUACCCGCGAAGGUGGAACUGAGCGAGGCCGAAAGGGGUGCUGUGGCCAACAGAAUGCGCGAGAAGGGAAACGACUACUUUCGUGCCAAGGAGUACCGGGAAGCGGUCGAAGAGUACGGGAAGAGCCUGAGCGUUUCCCCGACGGCCGUUUGUUUCAACAAUCGGGCAAUGGCGUACAUAAAGCUGCACCGGUACAAGGAAGCGAUAGCAGAUUGCGACCAGUGUCUGUCGCGGGAACCACAAAACCUAAAGGCUCUCCUGCGGAAAGCGCAGGCAUUGGUGUCCAACGAUAAUCGGCGUGAGGCUUACAGGGUCUACGGUGAGGUGCUUCGUCUCGAACCCGCCAACAAGGUGGCGCUUUCCAGCGCGUCCCAACUACGCGCCCAGCUUCCCGAUCUGCCGCCACCGAACGCGGUUCGGAUGGCGAUCGAGGAGGUGGGCAGCAGCACCGAGCAGCAGGACUCGACCGAUGACAUCGAUUUCCGUGCGCUGGUGAAACCGAAAAAAAUCAUCAAAGACAGGCUUCCGGAGGCGCUCAAGCAGCUGAAGGCGGACACGGCCAGUGCGCUGCGUAAAAGUGUCGCGACGGCACGCGAAGGACCCGAGAUCCGGUUACGCCCCGGAACCGCCGGCACUCGGCGCACUCCGUUGAUUGAGGAGCUAUAA